AUGAGUCGCAAACGCGACAAGACCAAGCGAAUUGAAGUGAAGAAAAGUGGUACGCCACCCAAAAAGCACAAUCGCAAGCAGGCAAAAGCUUUUUCUGGAAAAGCAACCCUCGACAAGCUUCCCGACAUCGUGCUCCAGAAGGUGUUCACCUUACUGCCAUAUGAAGCCAGGUUUUCACUGUCCCGCUGUUCGAAGAGGUUAAACUCAAUCGAGUCAGGCAUGAGAUGCCCAUUAACCCAUCUCAGACUCACGGAUUAUGAAUAUGAAAAUAGAAGACCGACAAAGCGUCUUAUGAAAGUAAUGGUGCAGUACCCGGGACCAUCAACUGAGGAUCAUUGUUCUCGCCGUGUCUACUUCGCCAAACAAACGGAGCGAUCGUGCCUCUAUCGAUCGUGGGAAGGAGAGGAGUUGUCUGAAAUUAGCAGCACAAGGCAGCCUUUUGCUACUGUUGGAAUGAACUAUUAUAAACAUGUUCUCAAGCAAUCUCGUGGAUACAUAAAUGAAUGUUUUUACGAUGUGUGGGAGUUGAAUCCAGAAAAGCUUAAACUCAUGGACCUAAGGAAAAUUUACCGCAUUAUUUUCCAUGUUGGUAAUAUCGAUGUUGAUGUUUUGAAGGCCGCGAUCAACUUGCUUCGCGAAGUUGAGGAAAUUGAGAUUAAAGACAUGACAAUGGGAAUGGAUCGAGUGCUGUUCCCGGCGGAUUUCCUUAAUCUUGAAAGAGUCAAAAAUGCUAGCUCUAUAAUCAUUGACGCAUCAUGCCAUUUGACGCCAGAAGCUGUCGCUGGGUUGAACACCGUUCAUAUGAAGUUUCGCACCACAUUCCCAAUGUCUGAAGUGGUUAACAAAUAUGCAAAGAAAUGGAGAUAUUGCCCGGAGUUCUUUGAUAAAAUGGUUAUCUUCACUGUGCAGAUGUACAAUCACAAGGUUCUUCUUGAUGGCUUCCACUACAAGCGCAAAAAGUCCAAGUAUCUCUGGAAGAGACAGAUUCAGAUCUUAGAGGAGCAUGGGCUCGUAUUGAAUGUGUUCAAGCUCCGAAAGGCCAGAGGCACCAGAAAGGCUGUCAUUGUCAUAUGCACUCGAUGCGUUAUGUUCUGCGAACUUCGCCCGAUUACCGUCGAGGAAGAGCAGAGUUACUAUUGUGGAAUUGAGGAACUUCGCGAGUUGAUCAGUCUUCGUGCCAUCGAGGCACCAUAA